AUGUUGAAACGUAAUGGAAAUAACUACGCGACGUUAACUACGUUGCAACCACUGCCGCCGAUCUCCACCGUCACCUCAAAUGGCGACAAGUUCAGCAGAACUUCGUCACCUUCAAGGGAACGCCAGUCCAACUAUUUCUUCCCUCCAUCUAGUCAAUCCUAUAACUACAAUGUGAACAUCAAGUACGAAUAUGAUUUGAAAAAUGAAGACGAUUCGAAUGAUUCGCCCACUGGACAACCACCCAGUUCAACACCAUCCGAAUACACGCAGUCGCAUGCCUCACAGCCAACAGAUACUACUUUCUCGUCAGCUAAUUUCGUUCCAGCCUAUUCCGGUCUUGAAAUCAGGUCGCCUAAACUCGAAAAAGAGUGCUUUUUUAAUGGCUACACGAAUGGCGAUUGUGAUUCCGCAUGUAUGACGAAUAACUGCUCGCCAUUAGCCAACGGCCAUGGAAGUCCAGAAGGGGACGACGAGGACGAUGGCGAAGAACUCAACACCAAGGAUUUGGCGCAGAGGAUAUCAGCCGAGCUGAAACGAUACUCAAUCCCUCAGGCGAUUUUCGCCCAGAAAAUCCUCUGUCGGUCCCAAGGAACGUUGUCGGACUUAUUGCGCAAUCCAAAGCCAUGGUCCAAAUUGAAGAGUGGCCGAGAAACGUUUCGACGGAUGGCUAAAUGGUUACAAGAGCCAGAGUUCAAACGCAUGUCCGACCUUAGAAUGGCAGGUUCGUCGGAUUGGCUCUGA